AUAGACAUACAAAUAGAAACGUCAAGAGUGACAAGUGACGUUUGCGUUGACAGAUAGCUAGAGUACAAGAAGUUCAAUAAACAUGAAUAUUUUACCGAAAAAAAGAUGGCACGUCCGCUCCAAAGACAACAUCGCGCGAGUGCGAAGAGAUGAAGCGAAAGCCGCUGAAGAGGAGGCGGCACGCAAAUCUCGGGCUAAACUCGCGGAAAGUGAAGCCAGAACCGAGUUAUUGCGACAGAGGGCUAGGGGCGGUGUCGCUACUAACGAAUUUAUUCCGCUGACCAAAGAUGAAUCGGUGGCUCAAACCCACGUCAAUUUUUUCCAGGACGUGGAAGACGGAAUUGCAGACAGUAAAACAACCAACAAAGAACAUGAUAAAGAAGUCAAACAAGAGAAAGAAAAGUAUGAGAAGCAAAUCGGGUACUUGACGUACUUAGGGCAGGAUACCAAUGAAGCGUUAGGCAAAAGAAACUGGUAUGAGGAGAUGCCAGACAGGACAAAUCGUGAUGGGGCAGAAGUAGGACUAAAAACUAAAAUCAGAGAAGACCCUCUAAGUGUAAUGAAGAAAUACAUGGCAGAGGGAGACAGUCCAAAGAAAAGUGGAGAUGUGGUACAUCAAGCAGUUGCUUUGACCCUCAAAACUUUGCAGAAAAGAAAAAGGAGUAGUAGUGGAGAAACAAGCCCCCAGAAACACCACAAAAAAGAUAAAAAAAAGCGGAAAAGAGUGUCUUCAAGUGACGACUCGGAUGACGACAGACUUGAAAAGAAGCGAAAAUUGGAGAUUCUAAGAUUGGAAAGACUGAAACGCGAGCGAGAAGAGCGAAAAAGGGCUGAAAGUCUCCUGGCGAAACUACGAGGCGACAAAGAAAAGAAAGAGGAAAUUCCGCAAGUCACAAAAAAAUACAACAACCAAUUUAACCCAGAACUAGCUAAACAAAACUACAAAUAUUAAAAUCCAUUUAUUACAAAA